AUGACAUUGGACAAGUUGUCUUGGGGGUUUUAUCUGGAAGACGUGACUGGACCUGUCAGGCUGUGUCACGCCACCAGCUGUGGGGGCCUGGUUGACAUCCAGUGUGACACCACCCGUGGUGUUUUGUCAUCUCUGCUCCCCGAACAUGGAAACGACAGAGACGGCGACUUCGACAGCCAAAAGUACCACCUGGCCGCCGGCGUUCACCUUCCCAAGGGUGCCAUCACUUAUGUAAAACCGAAUCCCGGCUUGUCGCCCUUGUAUCUCAACACGAGGCUCUUUACUCUACACAUUCCUCUGAUACAGAAGCGAAUGCUGAGAAAUCUCUCCGUGGGCAACAUCUUUGUGGUGAGCCUGGCAGUGGCAGACCUCGUGGUGGCCAUCUACCCGUACCCUCUGGUCCUCAUUGCCAUUUUCCACAAUGGCUGGAACCUGGGCUACGUCCAUUGCCAGAUCAGUGGCUUCCUCAUGGGUGUCAGCGUCAUCGGCUCCAUUUUCAACAUCACCGGCAUUGCCAUCAACCGCUACUGCUACAUCUGCCACAGCCUCAAAUACGAUAAGCUGUACAGCGACAAAAACUCUGUCUGCUAUGUGAUACUGAUAUGGGCAUUGACUGUCCUGGCCAUCGUGCCCAAUCUGUUUGUGGGCUCACUACAGUACGACCCACGGGUUUACUCAUGCACUUUUGAACAGUCGGCCAGCUCAGCGUACACGAUUGCAGUGGUUUUUUUCCACUUCAUUUUGCCCAUCAUGAUUGUCACCUACUGCUACCUACGCAUUUGGAUAUUGGUCAUCCAGGUGAGGAGGCGGGUCAAGCCAGACAAUCGGCCCAAGCUGACGCCGCACGAUGUUAGGAACUUCGUCACGAUGUUCGUGGUGUUUGUGCUCUUCGCCGUCUGCUGGGCGCCGCUCAACUUCAUUGGACUGGCUGUAGCGAUCAAACCGGAGGUGGUGAUCCCCCUCAUCCCCGAGUGGUUGUUUGUGGCCAGCUACUUCAUGGCCUACUUCAACAGCUGCCUUAACGCCAUCGUGUACGGCGUGCUGAACCAGAACUUUCGGCGGGAGUACAAACGUAUCGUGGUGUCAGUGUGCACAGCCCGCAUCUUCUUCCAGGACAGCUCCAACGAUGCAGGAGAGAGGCUCAAAAGUAAACCCUCACCACUCAUGACCAACAACAACCAGUUUGGAUCCCAGGUGGGCCAUGAUGCUCAGGAAGUGGACGAACAGCCUGAGGUCCAGCCCAUGGCUCACCACCAAACUGUCUAUGUCCAACUGCAUCAGCAAGGACCAGACCAAGUGUCUCCCACUGCUCAGCUGCCAAAUGGCGCAGAGCCUCUGCAGUACUUCAUGCUCACUGCUCACAGCAUUGUUUGCAGUAAAAUUUCUAAAUCACUGAAGGAGGGGGAUAGGAGCCACAUCAGCAGUAUGGUGGUCACUGGAUGGGGCCACAAAUUGUACAUCUUUGUCAAACUGAUGGUGUUGCCGGGUGGAAAAGGCAGACCAAAAGCAAAGUCAAGAGCACUGCAAAUUGUGGACCAGCAUGUUGAUGAAGUGCCUGGCUUCCCUAUGGGUUUGUCUGAAGUCAGCUCCAGAAAAAAGGAUGUGUUGAGGAAAGGAUGUCCCCUGCAUGGCUUUGUGCUGAGACAUUCCAGUCAUGCCGAACUGAGCGAAGAACCCGGAGCUCAGCCAGAACAUGCUGAGGGGAUUAUGAGUUUGGCUCAGGAGCAUCGUUGGUUCUCCCCGGAGGACCUUGAUUGCGGAGUCCAGCAGAGAAAGGGACGUAGGCAUAUGGAGGCCUUCCAGCUGAAUUCUCGGGCAGAAAACGUCCACGAUGCAGCUUGGGCGCAGCAUGCCCCUGCGGAGGAACAGCGAGCGAGACAACUUGUAGUCAUGCACAUCUUGCAGGAAGACCAGAACAACCGAGUCUCUGCUGGCUUCAAUAACCUGAUGAAGUGCCUGAUGGACCUGAAAUCUGAAAAGGGGCAAACAAAAAUUGUUGUGCUGGAGUUUGAGCACCCUGAGGUUUCCCAGCCCCUCCAGCAUGUUCUCCCGGAUGUUAGCAAUGUUGUUGUUGCUGAGAUCGAGAACGGUGAGGUUGGACAGUGGUCGGAAAGGAGACGGGUCCCGGUUCAAGGACUCGGCUGUAAGACAUUUGCCCAGGGUCAGCACUCUGAGACUGGGCACAUCUACCAGGCCACAGUUAUCGGAUCUCUGGAGUGUUGGAAUGCCUCAAAACAAAGGGAUACAUUCACCAUGGUGCCUAAUGCAUUGCCACGGAGCUACUACCAAAAAAGGAGUAGGAAAUUCAUAGGUCACGUUCCUAACGGAAACUAUUUGGGACUGUGGCUCACCCUGAAGAACGGAGUUCAAGAACAGGCGGAUAAUGCUAAAAGUCAGGAGAAACUCCAAUUCACACACAUCGCUUGGUGCUCUGCUCUCUGUAUGGUUACACCAGUAUUGCCCAUGGAUCUCUACAUGCCAGACAUAACGUAA